AUCUCGUCAACGUUCAGUUGUCUCGAAACCGUCGAGCAAUAGAGUUUUGAGAGUGCAUUCGUGGUGAAAGUCAUAAUCUUAAUUUAUUUUCCGUUUUAUAUACUGCAUUAUUACUCUUGAUGUAGUUAUUUGUUCGUUAAAAGUGGAAAUUUUGUUUAUUUUGCAAUAUUGUCUUCUCGGUCAUUCCAUCUAUACUUUGUGUACAAUUAUCUUCAUCAAACAUUGAUAAUUUCAAAGAUCAAUAUUGUAUUGCAAGUGUGUGAGAAAUUGAAUCAAUACAGGAAACGGAGAAAAGAGUCAGUGAAAGGGGAAAAUAUCGGAAGUAUAGUAGUUUUGAGGCAUAGCGUGGAACACUGAGAAAAUUCAUUCUGAAUCAGAAAUAAUCCAGCAUCAUAUCUGUGAAAAAUAUUUAUAAUUUUUGAUUGAGACUGUAAACACCUUUUGUGUCUGUAGAGAGUGGGAAGUGUAAAGAUUUUUCAAGUGAUAUUUCAAAGUAAAAAAAGGGGAGAAAAUGAUGAGCAUACCUGUUUCUGCACGUCUUGCUAACUUGGCCAGAAGAUCAUGUGUAAGAUUUCUUAGUACCAGACAACAGCAUCAGAAUGAAGAAUGGCCAAGAGCAUGUGAAUAUGAACGGUUCUACUCAUAUCCAUCAGAGCCAGGAUUCGUAAGGAAUUCCCCAUUCGAAAGUAUCAAUAUUCCCAAUUGUACCAUUGAUCAGUAUGUUUGGAGUCAUCUACGAGAAUGGGAAAAUAAAGUUGCUACGGUCUGCGGAAUAACAGAUCGACAGUAUACAUAUGCAGAGAUGCGGGACAACUGUGCAGCCUUGGCAGUGCGUCUGCAAAAAUUAGGCUACAAACAGGGCCAGACGCUGGCUGUUUGCCUGCCAAACCUUCCAGAAUUCCCUAUCGCUGCUCUGGGAGCCCUGGAGGCGGGUCUCGUGGUCACCACAGUAAAUCCAAUUUACACUCCAGAUGAAAUUUGUCGUCAAUUAGUGGACGCCGAUGCCCAAUUUGUAGUCACAACUGUAGAUCGUUUUGAUGCUCUCAAAGAAGCCUGUGCUCUGACCAAGAGAUCCAUCCGGAUCGCCACAGUCCGUCACAAAGCCACAGAAGCCCUCCCUGAAGGUGCUAUAGAUUUUGCUGAAUUGGUUAAUCCACAUGGUGUGGACUUCUCAGCCCUACGGCGCCCAAAUGUCUCCAUCGAGGACAUCGCCUUCCUACCAUACUCAUCCGGCACUACAGGCCUCCCCAAAGGUGUCCAACUCACUCACCGAAACAUCACAUCUAACUGCGAGAUGCUCAAAGCCAAAUCUGGCGAUGUUUGCAUCGUUGAACCUACAACUGAUAAUUUCCAGGAUGUUCUCCCCUGCGUUCUACCCUUCUUCCAUAUCUACGGACUUACAGUGACGUUGCUGUCCAAGUUGCAAUUUGGAUGCAAGAUUGUUACGCUUCCGAGAUUCCAUCCUGAUAGUUUCCUCAACGUCAUGGCCAAGCACAAAGGGACCGUACUUCAUCUUGUUCCGCCAAUUAUAAUCAUUUUGGGUCACCACGAUAAAUUGCAGUCUCGUCACACAGAAAGCAUCCGCGUUGUAAUGUCCGGUGCUGCUCCCAUGGGCACUCCAGAUGCUGAGCGAUUUACCGCUCGCGCUCCCGGAGUGGAGUUCGUACAGGGCUACGGAUUGACUGAAACGUCCCCCGUAGUCCUGAUGAGCUCAGUGGGCAGCAAGAAUUAUGCUUCAGUGGGAGAACCAAUGCCCAAUACACAAGCAAAAGUUGUGGAUCUCAGUGAUCCCACACGAACAGGCCUGGGGCCAAAUAAAGUUGGUGAACUCCUCGUCCGUGGUCCACAGAUUAUGCGUGGCUAUCACAAUCGUAAGGAAGCCACAGAGGAGAUGCUGCUGGAGGAUGGUUGGCUGAGAACGGGAGAUAUGGCGUACUAUGACGAGAACAAUCACUUCUACAUCACAGACCGCCUCAAGGAACUCAUCAAGGUCAAAGGAUUCCAAGUGCCACCGGCUGAACUCGAAGAACUCCUCCGUGAUCAUCCCAAAGUGGCAGAUGCCGCUGUAAUUGGAAUCCCACAUCCUGUAAACGGAGAAGUGCCCAGAGCCUUCGUUGUGGCCAAAAAUGGGACACCAGUGACUGAAAAGGAACUCCAGGAAUUUGUGGCUGGCAAAGUAGCCUCAUACAAACGCCUAGAUGGCGGUGUUGAGUUCACGGAUGCCAUCCCCAAGAGUGCUACAGGGAAAAUUUUGCGACGCGAACUGAAGGUGAAAUACUGCUCAUAAGAUUCUAUUGCCAUCAAAAAAAAAACCCAGAUAUUCGGAAUAAUUCCACGUGUGGUCUAGCAUAAUUUUGUUUUUCUUAUAUUUUUUAACCCAUAAACUUGACGCAAUAAUUAAAAUAUGAUAGAGAUAUUAUUUUAUAUUUCUCAAUUCAGCAACUUCAUGAGAUCCCCCAUUAAAGUGAUCAUCAUGAUAGUUGUCAUCACAUGGUCACAAGAUGUCUUUUUUAUUUUUUAAGUAUCUUAAACAAAAUAGCAAUUAUGAAGAGGUGAAAUUUGUCUGUGUUUUUUAAUGUAUAUAAUUAAUUAAAUAAAUGUAAUGAUGAAGAAAACGUAUCAAAUAAAUGUAACUGAAUUUAGAAAUAGAAAAAA